AUGCCUACCACCGAAAGCUUUGCCAAAUCCCCACCUUUCCCCGACGAUCUCCCUACGGUUACGCAUCAACGGUUGGAGCUGAGCAAAUUAUUCUCCGGGGAUGAAGCCGAGUCGGAAGCUCUGUUCGAAGCCUGUGCCAGCCUUGGGUUCUUUCUGCUGGAUCUAAGAGGGUGUACCGAAGGAGAGACCAUUUUAAAAGAAACUGAAGCGGGGUUCAACAUCGGUCAGGAUUUCUAUGCCUUGAAUGAGGCGGAGAAAUCCAAAUUUCCUUUGCUACCGUCGAAGUUGGGCUACAAACCGAUAGGAGGCACCAAAAUCGAAGACGGCCGCCCCGAUCGCUGCGAGAUUGAUUCACUUCCCACGGACGACCUCCUCGCCCUCGUACCACCCAACAGCAACGCGCCCGCCUUCGAGAAGAAGCCGGCCUCUCGUAACCUCAUGCGCGAAGCAUAUGCACAGCAUCACCGGCACAAUCCUCACCCACCUAACGGUCCCCAAGCAAUCUCCGCUUCUUGCACAUGCCACCACGGCAAGCGUCAGCGGCUCAGACCAAGCCUGAUGGGCCACCCAGACAACGGCAGCGCGACCGCGCUCUUCAACAUCGCCGGCGGACUCCAGGUCCUCGGUGACACGGACGGCUGGUGCUACUGGACCGGAGGCGCUUUGAGGAGCAAUUUGCAUCGUGUGUUUCCCGCGCCGGGCGCGCAGAGUAAGUGUCCGAGGUUCAGUCUUGCGUAUGUAUUGAAGCUUCCAUACGCGUGUCGGAUGGAGAGGUUGAAGGGCGAGGGAUUUCCACAUGGUGAAGAUAACAAGGAGAAACUGGGAACGUACGAAGAGUUUCAUGCGAAGAAGAGUAAUGGUGUUGGUGCAGGGAAGAAUCUUUUGGGUAGUAUAGGAGGGAACAAGACGGAGGAAAAGGUGGAUGUGAUAGUGAACGAGAUGACGGUGUAG